AUGACAAAUGUCAUCUACCGUGCUUGGCCGGCGUAUCGACAGGGCCUGGUACUGGAAGAAGAUGACAACUAUGAAGAGCCUCUCAUUCAGGCCGCAUACAACAACGAUUUCAAUGCAUUCUACCAUGCUUACCGUGCUCGGCUGAGACGGAUCAGAGAAGAGUGGCAAGAGACGUUCCUGGCUGAUGGGAUGGCAUGCUUCACAGCGUGGCAGGCCAAGCUGACACGCAUAAUGAUGCACAGAGAACGCCAGGCCCCGUAUCUACAUCGUGGGCUACAGUGUCUGGAAGACCUGGCGUCCGCUCUUAGCACCGGCUUACCACCGUCGAGAGAGUAUUUACUCGUCUCCAUUGACAUCGAAGGCAACAUGACUGCUGGUAUCAACGCACUUGGCAUCUCCUCUCUCGACACUCAGCAGAUCUUCAACGACCAAGAAAGACUGACCGUCCACGAUGAGAACUAUGCCUUUACGAGCUACCGCCGGCACUCUCUUUUCUCCCCGACAACCAGGAUUACCACCGAAAUGCUACCACAGGUUCUCUACAACCUGUUGAACUCACACCCCAACAUCAUCCUGGUGGGACAUACUCUAUGGACUACCGAAGUUUGUAUGAUGGGCAGGUAUGGGUCGGCGAUAGAGUCGCUGCCAAACGUGAUUGGUACCGUUGACGUGGGACUGCUCCUUUCUCCUGUUGCUGGCUUGCUGAAACUGGGCAAGCUGAUCCUCGCCCACGACCUUCCGUUCCGGCCCGGAUCGCUCCACUGCGCCGGCAAUGACGCGCACUACACGCUGCAGCUGAUGCUGGCAGUGAUGCUCAAGAAGCUGGAUCAUCCGGACGGCACACCAAAGUCGGAGAGCCGCAUCGAAGCGGUGCGAGAAUUGGUUUUUCGGCCGCUGCCGACGCGUCGGGCGAUGGAAAGCAGUGAGAGCGAUGAUUGGGAACAGCAUAUGGAUGACAAUCUGGGCCUUGGUCUGUUUGCGGAACACCUUCUCAGUGCCGCCGAUGGUGCCAGCGAAGCGGCAGAAGAUCUCGUCAUGUCAGGCUCUGGCCCACAGAUCUCAACGAUCAGAGCCAUCUCGGACCUUUUGACCAGCUGGUCACGCACCGCCGUCCGACAGCAUGCUCAGCUAGGCAGUUCCUACCGCAUGUAG